AAGGCCCCGCCCCCUCGGCUCAACUGACCGUGCAGAAGCAACUUAUGCGUGGGAACAAAACUUCUUACAUUUCGCUGAAUUAUUAAGAUUAAUGUGACAUAACGUAUUAUAAACACAUCACGUUUUCACUUAAAGCAUAUUAAUGCGCACAUAAUGACGCGAGAGGAGGACCUGUUGCGGAUUGCUAAAAAACUAGACAAGAUGGUGUCUAGAAAUAACAUGGAUGGAGCUCUAGAUCUUCUGAGAGAAUUGAAAGAUUUCAACAUGACACUGAAGCUUCUUCAGGAUACAAGAAUUGGCAUGUCUGUCAACGGAAUAAGAAAACAUUGCACAGACGAGGAUGUUGCCAACUUGGCAAAAAUCCUUAUCAAAAACUGGAAGAAGCUUUUAGAAUCUGCUCAAAACCAAAAGUCUGAGAGGUCAAAUGAGGUGAAGAAUGGCAAUCAUCCAAGCAAGCCAUCAGGGUCACCCAACAGGACCUCUCCUGAGAGACAGUCCAGUCCACAAAGGUCAACAACAGUAUUUAAACCAGACUUAGACUCUAACAAGAAACUCGAUGAAAAACACAGAAGAGAGAAACGUGAUGCAGAGCUCAGGAACGAAAAACGAGAAAGUGAACAGAAAAAAGAGAAACAAUCUAUUAACAAUAAAAAGGAACGAGAGAGGAGAGAUGUAUUGAACAGUGAUCAUCUUCCCUCCCCAAUGACGCAUUCAUCUCCGCCUCCCAAGUGUCCUCCGGUUGGGGAAGUGAAAAGAGAGAGGAAAGAUGCUCCUGUUGAUUUUUUCCCUCCUGCUUCGAUCAAUUUCCACCCUCCUCUAAGACGCUCAUCAGUAGAUGUAAAGAAAGAGAGAAAAGACACUCAGGGUCAUUUACAGUCUUCUCUACAGUCUCAUCCGCAUAAACGUCCCUCCAUAGAUGGAAAGAAAGAAAGGAGAGAUGCACCUCAUCCUCUUUUUCCUCUUCAUCAUCACCUUCAUCCUCCACUUCCUCCUCCUCCUCCUAUUCCUAUCCCUAAGCGUUCAUCAGAGGUGAAGAAAGAAAGGAAAGAUCCUCCUGAAACUUUACCUCCUCCUGCUCCUAUCCUUUCUUCUCCUCUUCCUCCCAAACGUCCAUCACUAGAAGAGCCCAAAGAAAGGGCAAAAAAAGCACCUGAUCCGAAUGCCCCACUUCCUCCUUUACCUUUUCAUCUACAUCCUCCUCAGAAACGUGAGAUGAAGAAAGAGAGAAAAGAAACGGCUGAACCCAGUGCUCCUCUUCCUCCUGUUCCUCUCCAUCUUCAGCCUCCUACACCUACUAAACGUCCCUCAUUAGACACAAAGAAAGACAAAGAGAAAGAAAGAAAAGACACAUCAGACCCGAAGAGACAGACUUCUGAACACAAUGAGAAAGAUAGAAAAAACACAAGUGAAGGUAAACCACUCAAAAGGCCAUCAAUGAAGAUCAAGAUUGAGAGAAAAGACUCCACAGAUUCUAAAAAGCUCCAUUCUAGAAAGCUCAGCCUGGAUGGACGGAGAGACAGUAAGGACUCUACUGACUCCAAGUCAAGCCAUCACCUUUUGAAAGGACAAUCAAGUGAACCUAAAUCGGAGAGGAGAGAUUCUACUAACUCAAGGUCUGGCAGCUCACCUCAAGCCAGGAAAUCUAGUGAAAGCAAGAGUAAACCAGAGACCCCAAAGACGCCCACAACACCCACAAGCCCCCUCUCCCCGUCGUUUAGCUCCGGUGUGGGUCCUUUAUGUCCUCGUCUGCAAACUGGGGAUCCCAUCAGAGACAAAUGCAUCGAAAUGCUGACCGCUGCGCUACAUACAGAUGAUGACUACAAAGACUAUGGGGCAAACUGUGAGGGCAUGGCGGCAGAAAUUGAGGAUCAUAUCUACCAAGAGAUAAAAGCCACAGAUAUGAAAUACAAGAACAGAGUUCGCAGCCGCAUAAGUAACCUCAAAGAUCCCAAAAAUCCCAAUCUGCGUAAAAAUGUCUUGGCUGGAGCCAUCGAGUUGAGCCGCAUCGCCAUCAUGACUGCUGAGGAGAUGGCUAGUGAUGAACUGAAACAGUUGAGAAACGUGUUGACCCAGGAGGCCAUUCGAGAACAUCAGAUGGCAAAGACUGGAGGAACCACCACUGACCUGCUGCAGUGUGGCAAGUGCAGGAAGAAAAACUGCACCUACAACCAGGUGCAAACCCGCAGUGCUGAUGAACCAAUGACCACCUUUGUGUUAUGCAAUGAAUGUGGUAACCGCUGGAAGUUCUGCUAACCUGAAGCCAGAACUCCAAGAACAAAGACCAUGUAGGAUUCCUCAUCUUUUUAUUUUUUAAUUUGGAAGAGAAUGUAAUAUAAUGGUUUAUUCUACCAGAAAAUGGCCCCGAAUUUAUAAUAUGUAAAUUAAAUCUUCAAUUUUUACAGAGGUACACAACAUAGCAAAGCGUGUGUUCUGUUUAUUCAUAAUUGAAGUGAAAAUUAAUUACCUAGGAAAUGUAAAUCUGUUUAAAUUGUACGCUUUUAUACUGUUUUAUGAAAUGCCAGAAUUAUUAUUUUUUUAACUUGAUUAAUUGGUUUAUUAUGCAGAAUCAUAUUGGGGUCAGAUGUUAAAAAUUAAAAUGGAAAUUCAAAUUUGAAAAUUUAACAUGUAAUUUAUUGAGAGAAUCCUAAUCUAUUUCAGAUGUAGCAGCUAUAUAGUACAACUAGGGGUGUGCAAUAUAUCGUCUGCGAUAAUAUCGCAAUUGUUGUUUAAACGAUGUGCGAUUUGACAUUGAGUAUUUUGCAAAAACCAUUCAAAACACACCUACAGAGUGCACGCAUUCAUUACGUGAAGUCUAGACUAGUGUGCGUGUGUAGAGUGUUCUUUCACUGCACUUUCACUACAUUUAGAAUGAUCACAAAAUUAAAGACAUGGGGGCAGAAAAUGUAUAUUGGUUAUUUUGUACCACUUCAUAUAGCCUAGUUAAUCAAUUUCACACAAAAAAUAACGCUCCAAAAAUUACCAUGAUUACAAAUGUGAUAUUGAUUUUUUUGUAACAGUUCAGUACACAAGAGGUUAGUGAGAGACUAUAGUUUAAGACACCAUAUUUCCUGUUUUUGCUUUAUUUCAACAACAAAAAUCACUCCAAACACAGCCACAGCACUGUUUUGCGUCUCUGAGCAACAUGAGGGCGUUUCGUUCCUGCAUGAAUCAACCGUUUGAAUGAUUCGGUUCAAUCGCAAUGACUCUCUUAUUAACGGUGACUUGCUGCCACCUGCUGGUGAUUUUAAUUUCACAUUCAAAGUAUCUUUUAUUAUUUAAAUAAUUUCAAAUAGCAGUAUUUAAAGGGUUAGUUCACCCCAAAAUGAAAAUUAUUUCAUUAAUUACUCACCCUCUUGUCGUUCCAAACCCGUAAGACCUUCG